AUGCAGCAGCAGCAGCAGCAGCAGCAGCAGCAGCAGCAGCGGCAGCAGCAGCAGCAGCAGCAGCUGCAUCAGCAGGUCGAAACUAUAGGCCGCAGCAGAGCUCAACAGAAGAAGCAUCUCCAACUGAAGGCAUCCCUAUUCUCUCCCUUCACUGCACCAUGCCUCUUCUCUGCUGCGAGGGCAGCCGGGUUGGGAGUGCACGAUGUGGCUGCAAUCGGUUUCAAUUCGUGUGCCUCACGUCUGGAACGACACGCUGCCACUGGAAUGCACGGUCGGCUGCGACUUGCAGAAGCGGCCUCUCCUGCUGCUGCUGAAAGCGCAAGCGCAAGCGCAAGCGACACGCCUGAGCGUGCAGCAGCCGACAACGUGUCGGUGUGCAGACGUGCUGCUGCAACGGGCAGAGCCGCAGAAAGGGAGUCAAUACAUGCGCUGAUAUGCUUCUGUUCUGCCCCUGCCGAGGGAGGAGGCUUAAGGGCUUUCGGCUUCGGUUGUUGCUGUUGCGAUCGUGGCGCACGAGUUCGUUUACGUGUGGCUGCUGCAGCUGCCGCAGGAUGGCAACUUCCCUGUCUACAAGGCUCUUGUGGUGUGUCUCUUUGUCACGCAGCUGCUGACAGCAGCCCCCCCCAGCCCGCAGUGCAACAGGAAGCAGCGAGUGCUUCGGCGACUCAGCAACCUUCGACGGCACCGACAGAUGCUACUGACACUGCUGCAAGCCGCCACAGCAACGAGACCCCCCCUCCGCAUCUGCAGCAGCAGGAAGUUCGCCAGCAGCAGCAGCAACAAGAAGAGCAGCAGCAGCGUCAGGAAGUUCGCCAGCAGCAGCAAGCGCUGGUUAGCGCGGUGAUGCAUCAUGGCCCCCCUCAACGACUGCCUUGUAUGUGGCUGCCACGCGAAGAGCUGAACAAGCAGCUGCAACAGGCGCUGCAACUGCUGCCGCCUCGAGUUUUGGCGUUUGCAGUUGCCUGCAGGCCAAAGGAGAAAGCUGCUGCGGCUGGAGUACACGAGGCCUCUGCCGAAGCUGGCUCGACAAUGCCAGACGUUGCCGAAGUCAUUGCGUCUCCUGGUGCCUCAGUUUCGGCUUGA